AUGGGAAGGAACCGUGAUGUGGUAGGGACUCACCUCCAAGAGUUGCAGAGUCGAGUAUGCGUACAAUAUUCUACUACCGUUACACGGUUGAAAAACAGUGACAUAGGAACUUGCUGCCACAAGCUGAAAACCGUAGACACCAGCUCACAGUAUAAUCUAAUUGCUUCUACAGAGGAUAAUGGACUUCUGGGAUGCCACAAUGCAUUCGCCUUAUUCACACUGCUGGAACAAAAACCAGUAAAAAAAAGACAAGGGCUCAUGCAAACAUGCUCUGUCUUACUAUCGGUAAAAUGUGAAUAUGUAAACGCGAGAGGAAGAAUUUCCAAAUACCUAUUCCAGGUACUCGCAGAACACGAUGUCUGUAACGAUGGAUACUUUCACCAUAUGGAAGUAAACCAAAAUGGUUCACUGUUAUUGCUAACCUCAGUGUCUGCGGUGUAUGUUGUGCGCGUCCCAACAGAAAUGGAUGAAACCAGCGUUGUAGCAGAUGCAAUAACACAAACAUUUCUAUAUAAUAACAUCGUACGAGCAGAAGUUAUGCACAAAAAAAGAACAACUGACAGAGAUCAUAGACUUUGCAAAAUUGUGAAAGCUGCAUUUCAUCAACAAUAUGCUAAGGUGAUAUGCAUCUUGACAAUGGAACCCAAAGACAUCUCUGAUGUGACCACGGACGUGAAUGACAAUGGCGACGAUGGAGUGGACUGCGGAAACGACUCACCAUCGCGAAGCCAAAAUGGCGCAAAAAAUCAACAUGCAGAACAAGAUGAUAGUGACGAAUGCUCAGAUCAAGAUAAAAUUUUAUUUGAUCUGGAAAUGAGAGGUUUGUUGCGAAUAUUUAACGUGGAACAAAGCAUUGAUGUGCCAUAUAUGGAGGUGCAAUUAACUGAAGGAAUGUGCCGAACGGGGGAUGAAAGUGCUAUCUAUGAUCCAGAUGCAGCACCGAGAGGAGCAGUGGUAGAUUUUUGUUGGAAUACCAAUGGAAAUGUUACCUGGGGAGAUGUCACGAUUUUCGUACUCUCGAACUACGGCAUUAUAUUUGCCUACUGCCCGAUCCUGCUCACAAACUGUAUAAGAAACAUCAAAAGAAAACAGGCAAUAGUGCAAAUGGCGCAGGAACUCAUGACAGCGGGCUACCGCAUGAAAGACGCACCAAGGAUGAAUUGUCUGGAAACACCUGAGGACAUCACCUUGUUGAUAGAUAGCUUGACCAACAAAACUCUUGAUAGCCAUAUAGGUUCAAAUGUAGUUAAGCUGUUGCCAUCAGUUUUUAAACUGGAAACAAAUGAUGAAUUAGGAUGCAACGGCUUCGAAGCCUUGACAGUCAUGACUACGGAACCGCAGCUCAAUGUGGUAGUGACGGCAUCCAACGGGAAACUAGUAUUGUAUCAAAACAAUACUUUUGUGAUGCCUCUCACAUCACAUUUCUAUCGACCUGGUGCAAAGAGAGAUGUCACCUACCUGAACUACACCGCUAUUGACGAACCCGGGAACCAAGGAGGUUCAACCGUACUGAUGCGCAUCUCAGAUAACGUAUGUGUCGCACAUUCAGCUACACAAACGAGUAUAGCUAUCAUCAAACAAGCCAGUUUCGAUGUUAGACGACUUACUCAGAUGCGUACAACAGGAAAUCAUGUAUACACUUACUCACAGCCGGUUAUCGUUACAGGAGACGGGCUAAAACACAAAUAUCAUGCGAAUAACAACUGGAAUGAAACAAAUUCGAGUUUAUACGUUAUACAGGCCCUACUCUGCUAUAUGUUGGGGCAAGAGGAACUCCGACACGUUGCAACGGCGGUGAUGGUACUGCCUUUCACCGAGGAAUCGACAGAGUCCAAUAAAAUUGCACUCACUGACUACCCACAGCUUGUCAUAAAGGCGCCGUUAGACAAUAAAACGGAACCGGUGGUGAUAGGCUUAACAAAAAUGGUCGACGGAAGCGACUAUGUCAAAAAAAAAGUAGAAAAAAUUAGGCAAUAUGUAGAAGAAACCACCACGGUAUCGGCCAAUGCAAUCAAAACCGCCAGGAGGAUCGUCAAUGAAGGCACGGGCUACAAACAUAAAACUGUAGAGUUGGUCAAAAAUCUAUGUGCAAUGGAUUCCAAGGCAAUAUUCUACCUCAAGAUGAAAAACAACCUUCAGAUGGGUCUGUACAAAGCACUCGAGGCAUACAACAACAUUGAAGGUAACGUAGCCGAAAUUCUGGGCACGUUGCCAGAAUUUCGCAAUAAAGUAGAAGAACUUAGAAUACGUGCGCAACAUGUGAGAGAAUUAACAGAGGAGAUAAGGCAACGCCGUCAGCGAGUAUUAUCUUUGAAGUCAGAACUAUCGCAUCUAAAGCGCAAGGAGGCGGAUGUACAGCAUGUUGCGGACCUAAUCACCGGCGUUUAUAUAAAGUGUUUGGAAAAAAUGUGCAAGUCCCUCACAUACAGGGUCAACCAAACCGAUGAACUCCAUAAUUACAAGGAAUGUGUAAAACGUCUCGUUGACCAAUGGCUUGCCGAUACACUCAAGGGGAACAUAGAUAACAUGGAGAAAACGUUCGCUAGGAUGAGAGAUAUACGCAAUCGCAUCGCAGAACUCAACUGA